UAGUACCAGUUGGACACACGUUUGCGCUACCUUGAUGGUCAGAAGUUUGUGUUGAAGUAUCAGACAUCAGAGAUAAGUCACGUCUCAAACUUUUGCGGCUAACCAGAGUUUAGAGUCUGAUCAUAGGGCGUUGUCACGUAUUAGUUUUAGAAAGUUCUCGGGGUGUUGCUUGCCAUGUCCAAUGCUGGCUACAUAAUUUCACUCGUGUUUGUCACGGAGGGGAGGAGGUGAUUCCUAUUCGUCGCCAUCUUUUGAGUGGGAUUCUAGCUAGCAAGUCAGCUAGGUUAGUUCUCAGGGCAGCGAUAGGACUUAACUCGGCUUGGAAUUCUUUGCGUUCUUUGCCAUCAACCGUCAACAAAAACAUUUUUGUAUUUGGAAGACCCAGCGAAAGUAGCAGGUAGCGUGGUAAGAAAGGCAACCUUUGUUGUAAAUAAGGCCAUUAGAUUCAAAUCUCUGCUCCAACGAUACUCUAUCCAGACGAACUGACUGCGCCCCGUUCUUUUGGAUGACUUAACCUUAGCUAGCUAGUUAGCUCACUAGCCUUGGCUAACUAUUUGCUAGCUACUUCGUGCGCAUUGAAUCUCGUCCCAAACCUGGCCUUCUGGACGGGUAAGUGCCCAUGCAAACACUUCCUCCUUCUCGCAGAUGAGUCAUCGGCGGGGGCUGACGCAGCGCAGUCGCAGUCGCACUCGCACGCCCAGAUAGUCCCCGGCGAGCGCGGCUGCGUCGGGCUCCCAGCAUGCCCUCCACCAGCCGGGCAGGGAGCCUGAAGGACCCCGAGAUCUCCGAUCUCUUCUUCAAAGAGGACCCCGAGAAGCUCUUCGCUGACCUCCGCGAGAUCGGCCAUGGCAGCUUUGGCGCAGUCUACUUCGCACGGGAUGUGCGGACGUCUGAGGUGGUGGCCAUCAAGAAGAUGUCCUACAGCGGGAAGCAGUCUAAUGAGAAAUGGCAGGAUAUCAUCAAAGAGGUCAAGUUCCUUCAAAGAAUACAGCACCCCAACAGCAUAGAGUACAAAGGCUGCUAUCUGCGGGAACACACAGCAUGGCUGGUCAUGGAGUACUGCUUAGGGUCGGCCUCAGACGUCCUUGAGGUUCAUAAGAAGCCUCUUCAGGAAAUGGAGAUUGCAGCAAUAACUCACGGUGCUCUGGAGGGCCUGGCCUACCUUCAUUCCCACAACAUGAUUCACAGAGAUAUUAAAGCUGGGAACAUUCUGCUGACAGAGCCUGGACAGGUCAAACUGGCCGACUUUGGCUCGGCCUCCAUCGCCUGUCCUGCAAACUCCUUUGUGGGCACGCCAUAUUGGAUGGCCCCAGAGGUGAUUCUGGCUAUGGACGAGGGGCAGUAUGACGGCAAGGUGGAUGUCUGGUCCCUUGGGAUCACCUGUGUAGAAUUAGCGGAGCGGAAGCCCCCUCUGUUCAACAUGAAUGCCAUGAGUGCCUUAUACCACAUAGCGCAGAAUGAGAGCCCCACACUACAGUCCAGUGAAUGGACGGAUUAUUUUAGAAACUUUGUUGAUUCAUGCCUUCAGAAAAUCCCCCAGGACAGGCCGAACUCUGAGGACCUACUGAAACACGCCUUUGUCUCGAGGACGAGACCAGACACAGUCCUGAUGGACCUCAUCCUGCGGACAAAGGAGGCGGUCCGGGAGCUGGACAAUCUGCAGUACCGCAAGAUGAAGAAGAUCUUGUUCCAGGAGGCGCACAACGGCCCUGCGGUGGAGGUUCAGGAUGGGGAGGAGGAGCCCGAGCAUGGCGGCGUGGGGCGGACGGGCACGGUGAACAGCGUGGGCAGCAACCAGUCCAUCCCCAGCAUGUCCAUCAGCGCCAGCUCCCAGAGCAGCUCGGUCAACAGCCUGCCCGACGCUGCCGACGACAAGAGCGAGCUGGACAUGAUGGAGGGCGACCACACGGUCAUGUCCAACAGCUCCGUCAUCCACCUCAAACCAGGAGAAGAGGAGGGCUACCGUGAAGAGCCCGAGCCCCGCAGCCGGCCCCCGGAGGCACAGGCUGCACCUGCACAGCCCGUGCGGCACAAGCACAGAAACCGCGAGCACUUUGCCACCAUCCGUACCGCCUCACUGGUGACGAGGCAGAUGCAGGAGCACGAGCAGGACUCGGAGCUGCGCGAGCAGAUGUCCGGCUACAAGCGCAUGCGGCGGCAGCACCAGAAGCACCUGAUGGCGCUGGAGAACAAGCUGAAGGCCGAGAUGGACGAGCACCGCCUGCGCCUGGACAAGGAGCUGGAGACGCAGCGCAACAGCUUCGCCUCCGAGAUGGAGAAGCUCGUCAAGAAGCACCAGGCGUCCAUGGAGAAAGACGCGAAGACCUUUGCCAAUGAUGAGAAGAAGUUCCAGCAGCACAUUCAGGUCCAGCAGAAAAAAGAGCUGAGCAGCUUCCUCGAGUCCCAGAAGCGAGAGUACAAGCUACGCAAGGAGCAGCUGAAAGAGGAGCUGAACGAGAACCAGUCGACGCCCAAGAAGGAGAAGCAGGAGUGGCUGUCCAAGCAGAAGGAGAACAUCCAGCACUUCCAGGCGGAGGAGGAGGCCAACCUGCUGCGGCGCCAGCGCCAGUACCUGGACCUGGAGUGCCGCCGCUUCAAGAGGCGCAUCCUCAUCGCCCGCCACAAUGUGGAGCAGGACCUGGCCCGGGAGGAGCUCAACAAGCGUCAGACGCAGAAGGACCUGGAGCACGCCAUGCUGCUGCGCCACCACGAGUCCAUGCAGGAGCUGGAGGUGCGGCAGCUGGGCACCAUCCAGAAGAUGCGCGCCGAGCUCAUCCGCCUGCAGCACCAGACCGAGCUCACCAACCAGCUGGAGUACAACAAGCGCCGCGAGCGCGAGCUCCGCCGCAAGCACGUCAUGGAGGUCCGCCAGCAGCCCAAGAGCCUCAAGUCCAAGGAGCUCCAGAUCAAGAAGCAGUUCCAGGACACGUGUAAGAUCCAGACGCGGCAGUACAAGGCGCUGCGCAACCACCUGCUGGAGACCACGCCCAAGAGCGAGCACAAGGCCGUGCUGAAGCGGCUCAAGGAGGAGCAGACCCGUAAGCUGGCCAUCCUGGCCGAGCAGUACGACCACUCCAUCAACGACAUGCUCUCCACACAAGCGCUGCGUCUGGACGAGGCGCAGGAGGCCGAGUGCCAGGUGCUGAAGAUGCAGCUGCAGCAGGAGCUGGAGCUGCUCAACGCCUACCAGAGCAAGAUCAAGAUGCAGACGGACGCGCAGCACGACCGCGAGAGGAAGGAGCUCGAGCAGAGAGUGUCGCUCCGGAGGGCCCUGCUCGAACAGAAGAUUGAGGAGGAGAUGCUGGCCCUGCAGAACGAGCGCUCCGAGCGCAUCCGCUCGCUCUUGGAGCGUCAGGCGCGCGAGAUCGAGGCCUUCGACUCGGAGAGCAUGCGCCUGGGCUUCAGCAACAUGGUGCUGUCCAACCUGGCCUCCGACGUCCACAGCCAUAGCUUCCCAGGGGCCCCCGGGGUCUGGAACGCCCACCACGGCGGCAGUGGCGGCAGCGGCGGAAGCUCCAGUUCCCAGGGGCCGCCCUGGGGAGGCAGCGGCGGCGGCGGAGGGGGCAGCGGGCACCACCACCACGGGCACCACCACCAGGGGAGCACCGGAGGCCUCCUGCCCCAGCAGCAGCAGCAGCCCUGGGCGCACGGGCUCCCGGCCGGCGGGCCGCCUCCCUGGGGCCUCCACCACCACCACGGCUCGGGGGGGAGCCAGCGGUCGGCGGGCGGGGGCGGCGGGGGCAGCGGCGGAGGGGUGCGGAACAGCCCGCAGGCGGUGCGGAGGACCUCCUCCGGGAGCCGGAGCGAGCAGGCGAUGAGCAGGAGCGCCAGCAUCGCCUCGCAGAUCUCCAACGGGUCGCAUUUGUCCUUCACGUAAGGCCUCCCUCACACCAACCGACCAACGAAACCCACCACCGCUCUCUCUCUCUCUCUCUCUCUCUCUCUCUCUCGCUUUCUCUCUCUCUCUCUCCCUCGCUCCCUUCCACCCCUUACCAGAGGCACGCCCAGCCGCUCGCCCUCGUGUCCGCGUGGGGCUCGGCGUGGCGAUGACAAGGGAAGAGUGGGGGGGUUGCUGGGGAUGGAGAAUUGGCACAAGAAUGGACUAACACCAACCCCCCCUCCCCCCUACCCCCCCUCCCUCCUUGCACCUUUCUAUUCCUCCCCCCUUUCUCUUUCUCUGUCUUCUUUCCCACGCACUUGUUUUUUUUUUCUUCGUUUUGGCCGUUCCCUCCCUCAUCACUUUUUAGACACGUUUCUUGCUUGGGAAGCAAGUCCUACUACACAUGGGCUGUUCAGAAGGGUCAAGGGGUCACGUUCUGGUUGCUAAUCCUCCCCCCCGUAUCCUCAAAUCAGGUUGUUGUGAUACAGUGGAUAUUACUGUGGAAAUGUACAUAUCAUUGAAUGUCAAUGGUGCACUGAAGCAUUUUGAAGCGCUCAGAAUAAGCUAUGCUAUGGUGCUAAGGGACUUUCAGGUUAUGAUUCAGACAGGGUGAAUGUUUACUAAUAGGUGGCAUGUGUAACCAUUACUUUUAGCUGACACUGUUUACAAAAUGGUUAUUUCCUCAAACAGUUUUAGGCCCAAAUACUAUUAAAGCCAUACACUAUAGGAGUGGUGUUUGUGUCACUGUUUUGGCACAUUGAUGGUUUCCCCUCAUAGAUAUAGAGACCUUUCUAUAUCUAUUGUUUUUUUUUCCCCCUUUGCCAUACAUUUCUUUGCCAUGGAUACACUUUGAAUAAAGGAGAGGUACAUUUAAUUCCAGCGUAUGUAGGGGUUUUUGUAGUGAACAGAAAGGAAUGAUUAGUGCCAACUACCAGCUAGAAUGGGAGAUCACUCAAUGAACUGAUUUGUUGCAGUUGAAUAUUAAGGGUAAUUAGUGUCAAAGAAAUUGUAUCGCUUAGCAUCACUUCACAGGGAAAAUCUGUUCAGUGGAGUACACAUAUUUUAUAUGUAAAGUAUAUUUUAAUAUGAUUUUAAUCGUUUUUAAAUUAAAGUUUUAUCUGAUCGUAGUGCUGUAGUCUGCCUCCCUUUAUUCCCAGUCAUGGUGAGACUGUAUUUUUUACCUCAGCAGGAAUCUGGUAUAAUCCCACUCCCAUCCCCCUGUGUCCAUGGUGAAGUCUUUGAAAGACCCAUCCAGUUUGCCAUUAGACUCUCAGGCAACGGUGCCAAAACAGGAGAUAUCAAGGAAUCAUGAUUAAGCUGAAGCUACAAGAUCCAUAUGCCAUUAUCUGAUUGGGUAGUUCUGAAUCAGAAGGAUGGCUCAAAGGAAGACAAAAGGAAGGUGUUUGGUCAGACUUGGACGUAAUAAGUUGCGGUGGGUCAGGGGUGGACUGUUUAGUGAAGUCUUUCAUGACUUAUUUUGGAACGUGUUUGUGUAUAUGCAGUCGAGACUCAGGAAUUGAGAUGGUCUUUGGUUGACUGGUGAUUGCAGAAGGCUUGAAUGCACCUUAGCACUGGUCCUUGGUGACUGCUGGUGCAGAGAGUAGUAGCAUCCCCCCCGGUGUCCACCGCCUGGGCCUGGGAGACCGGUAUCCUACUGUGAGAUGAUCCGGUAUGUUCCGGUGCGUCGGUCGGCCCAGGCACAGUCUUGGGAGGACGCGGAGGGUAUGUUUUGAGUGGGGCUGUAAGAUGUGGAAUGUUAGUUGAGAGCAGAGCGAGGUCAAGAGAUUUCACACAGAAGAGGGGCGAGGAGGGUGGACACGCUCAAACCAGAACCUUUGACCUCUUUAUCCUUCCGACCUCUAGAUGCCAAAGCCAACUGCCGUCAUCACUGUGUGUCUAUGCAAAAGAGCACCACAUCCAAAACUAACACAAGAGCAAUUAACAACCGAACAAUCAAUUCAGUCCGUUACCCCAUACGCACAUACGCCAAAAGUGAUGACGGUGUAUUUGGUCUGAUUAUGAUUCUGGCCGUUCACUGUGGUGAUCUGCCACAUGCUUUGCCCCCUUCUGUCUUUUAUACAGUCCCAUGAACCUCUCAACAGAAACUCCCAUUUAACACCCAAACCAAUUGUGCCACCGCUACUACCAGACCAUGCUGCUUUUCCUAAAUGACUCGCCCCUGUGUCAUCUUUCUUCCCCUUUAUCCCUCCUCCCCCUCUGUCCCUCUCUCUCUCUCUCCCUCUCUCUCUCUUUCUCUCUCUCCCCCCCAUUAGCCCCGUGCCUCCUCUUCCCUCCCCAGUGUUGGUGUCAGGAGGCUGUGAAUGGUGUUGUUGAUGAGAUGUAGGUUGGGGGGAGGGGGGGGAUGGGUUGGCUUUGCGACUAAUGAAUGUCUCGUCACGGGCGGCUCAGGUGCCGCUGCUGUUGCCCAUCGUUCCAGGCAUCCCUCUCGACUGCCCCCCUGCUCCUCCCCGCCAGGAGUCAGACUGCCCAAUUGCCCCCCCCCCCCCCCCCCACCCCCCACCACUCCUCCAGCUGACCACCCUCCCCAUGGUUCACAGCAGUGUUUUACAGAUCACUUAAGAGAGUUUGUACAAAAAUAAAUCAAUGUCUAAAUGAAAAAGCUUGGAAAUCGUUACUAAUACCAAGGGUGACAUGGCUCGGCUAUAUAUAGUCUUCAUGGGACAGUAUAAAGAAUGGGAUGUAUAGGAAAAGUUUGUUUAUACUGUAUAUUUAGAAUUUAAAAAAAAUGGAUACCUAAAACAAAUCUAAGUAUAAAAAAAAAAGACUAAAUUGAAUUGCUUGUAUGUAAAGACAAAAAAAGAAUCAACUUGGUUUCUAACAAGAAUAUUGAAAAGAAGAAUUAACAGCGUAAAAAGGAGAGGUCCAAGAGAUGUGGGGGGAAUAACAAAAACAAACGAAAAGCCAAACUGUAGGAAGUGGAACACGCCAUGUAUUCACCCUGUGAUGUCUGCGAUCUUCUGCUAUGUCUGUUCUCUAUCUCUCUGCCUCUGUUUCUCUCUCCUUCAUCUCAGUGGUUUAUUGCAAACGUCUCAGUGAACUCUAUGAGCAUUUCUUUAGGAACCCCCCCCCCCUUUGCCAUGAUGUUUCCUCUUUCCGUACAUAUUUGGGCCAGGCGAGGGAAAUGUUGCUAAGGGUGGACAGGGGUUUUCUCUCUGUUAGACAUCACAUUCUUGUGCAUAUUCAAGUAUACUUAGUUUGGUCUGUUCAAAAAGGCUGCAUCCUAGGGCAAACCGUUGCACAUCCCUGUCUUAUUGGUGCCUAAAGGUGUAUUGGCCUCCGCCAGAAUAGUUCGACCACAAUUUAAAAUUGUGGGUUUUUUUUGUUUUUUUUCUGUUUGUCAGAAUCCACAUUUGGAGCGUUAAAACACUGACUUUUGUUUUUGUUCCCAUGACUGCCACCACAGUACACUACACCACAGUACCCAGUUCCUGGUCUUGUACCUUUGGCCCUAAUGUUGGGGUCGGCCCCGAGCAGUUCAGUGAGGAAACCGCUCGUCCUCCGGGGCUUGUUGUGAGUGUCCCGAGCACAACAUGUCUGUCUCGCUGGCCUAAUAAAUAUGCGCGCGGCACCUUCUUGACAUGUUGCGACACGACAACACUAAAACGAGCUGAACCCGUUUGUAGACCAGCGCUCUACUAGUGAGUCCUGCGGGACCGGUGCUAGAGGGGAGGAGGGACGAGGAAGAGGCACGAGGUCUUCUCCGACAACCAUGCCUCCAAACCUGUUCAAGUCCACUCAGCACGGCUUCAUUAUAACCAAUGAUGCCGUCUUAUACACAACAUAAUACCAAUUGGAUAACUUACGUCCCAUCAUAAAUGCAUUGCAGUCAUGGUAUACAGUUUUAGACCCCGCCAAUUGCAGUGUUAGAGACUCUGCAUACAGAUCUGUGAAAGGAAAUUCUGUCACAAAGGAAAUAACAAACCCUGUCUGAAAUACCUUUUUUUUUACCAGAGCAGUAGAGGGGGGUGUGGAAAGCUGUGAAUGAUUUGUGUAUGCUCGCCAUCUAGUGGAGGAAUGCGGUACUGUGGGGCAUUUGUGCUGUCCAGUGUCCAUCUCUGUUCAGAGGACCUUUUUCCAAAAGCAUGAGAAUUGCUUAAACACAGUCUCAAUAGAGGCAGCCACAUCUGCAUAGAGUGUUUCGCCAGUAUUCCUGAAACCUAUGGUGAUCUUUCUUUUUUUUGUCUCAAUGAUUCAACAUUACCAUAACAAUCCACAUAUAACCUGUAUUAAAUGUAUAGAUUGUGAAAAGCUGAAUGUUUGUGAGAUUACAAAACAAUGUACAAAUAUUCAUAACACAACAGAGAAUAAAUGUAAAAAAGUAAAGAUUCAGAAAAAAACUUUAGGGGACAAAUGUAAUGUUUUGUUUGUAAUUACUCCAUUUGUGGGCAGAGGGCUACUGGACAAAGAAUCAAAUGUAAUAAAGUAAUUUUAGUACAUA